AUCUGGCAACACACCACCCCACAGCCAAGUAUUUCGUCACAGAAAACGGUGCGUUCGGUACAACCUGAAAAGUGUAGGUCACUCCGUGCCAUAUUCUAGUUUAAGUGUCCAGAGACAGAGGUAACCUGAUAAGACUAAAGUGUGUUCUGUCACAUCGGGACAAAAUGACUAAAAUAUGUGCACUAACAAGUGUUUUGAAGGGCAGAUUAGGGGCACUGAAACUGUGUACUCCCGUUCAAAGUAUAUUUCCCCUAAUAAGAAGCCUGUCUGUGACCCCAGGAGCCAGAGACACAAGCCAAGGUCCUUGGCUGUCUGCUACGCCACGAGUGUGUUUACAUGACGUUCCGACGAUACUUAGGGCUGGCGGACUCAAACCCAACACACCUGUAACUCUAACAGCCGACCUUACAGACGAAAAUGGCAAACAAUUCUGCUCGCACGCCCACUACAUCAGCGACGCGGACGGCGAAGUGAACGUAGGCGUGGCUCCAUCCGUGGGCGGCUCGUACAAGGGCGUGUUCCCAGCUGGCCUCCUGACCACCCUAGCGCCCGCGCCUCAUGAGUUCCCGUUGCUCAGGUUGUAUCGCCGGAAUCCACAGCUGCCGUGGAAGAUCAGCGUGAGGGUCCUCGAGGGUCACCAGCCGCUGGGGACGCAGCAGGAGGCGGCGUCGGAGGUGGAGCUGGAGCGCCACCUGAUGGGCCGGGGCGUGAGGCGAGUUCCCGUGAGGGAAGGGAGAGUCCGCGCUACCUUGUUCCUCCCGCCGGGUCCUGGGCCCUUCCCGGGGGUCAUUGAUAUGUUCGGCACAGCGGGGGGGCUCAUGGAGUUCAGGGCAGCCAUGAUGGCCUCCCGCGGGAUCGCUUCCAUGGCCCUGGCCUACUUCGCCUUCGAGGACCUCCCCCAAACCACGGAAAGCUUCGAUCUGGAGUACUUCGCCGAGGCCGCCGAGCUGCUCAUGUCCCGCGAGGGCGUGAUCCCCGACAGGUGCGGGAUCGUGGCCGUGAGCAAGGCGGCGGACAUCGCCUUCACCUUGGCCACGUGGGUGCCCGAGGUCAAAGCCGUGGUGAGCAUCAGCGGCUCGCCCGUCGCCUACGACUCCGUCAUCACCUACCAGGGAAAGACCCUCCUCGAGGGCUUCAAGAUGGACCUGAGCUUCAUCCGGCUGGACGAGCACGGCCGGCUCUUCCCGCUCCGGGAGAUGAUCCAGCUGCUCACGCCCGACCACCCGCAGUUCAUCCCCAUCGACCUGGCGGACGACGACACCUACUUCCUGGUCGUGGGCGGCGACGACGACGCCUGGUCCUGCGACAUUCCCGUCCACAGCGUCCGGGAGCGAAUGGAGACGUUCGGCCGGACGGAGAAGCUGGAGACGAAAGUGUACCCGGGAGCGGGUCACAUCCUGGAGCCUCCGUACGGCGCCCUCAUCCACCACUCGUACCACAGACACCUUCCCGUCGUGGGCGGCGAGGGCGGGACCGAGAGGGUCACGGGUGUGCCUAUCCUCUGGGGAGGGCGGCCAUUAGAACACUGCGUUGCGCAGGAGGAUCUGUGGCCGCGGAUGAGAAAUUUUCUCGUGAAGCACGUUCGAGACGAGAGUCCUUGGUAUCAACAGCACAAGAAAGAUUGAUGCCCUGGUUCGCGGCACUGUAAAAGACAUUUAGUGAAAUCACUGUUUACAUAUAUACUUUAUUAACAUCAGAUCUCUAGAGGUAAUACCAAGGAAAGUAAUAAACGAGUAUGGUUCACUGGAAAUCUCAACGUACAGUAUUAUAAUAAAGAAGCAAUUUUA